AUGGACGACCACUCACCUUCCUCCUCUUUCCCUCACCCUCCCCGAGACCACCCAUCCUCUUCCUCUUCCUCUCCCUCUCCUGACCCUAAUUCCCCAUUAUUACCUCCCCCAAACCCUCCCCCUCCUUCCAACACUACCCCUUCUUCUCCCACUCCCACCAAUGGCGCCCGUAAAAGAAAAGGCAAGGGCGGCCCCGACAACAACAAGUUCCGUUACCGCGGCGUCCGCCAACGCAGCUGGGGCAAAUGGGUCGCUGAGAUCCGCGAGCCACGUAAACGCACGCGCAAGUGGCUCGGCACUUUCUCCACCGCUGAAGACGCCGCCCGUGCCUAUGACCGAGCUGCUAUCAUCCUCUACGGCUCCCGUGCUCAGCUUAACCUCCAAGCCGCCUCCCCUAAUUCCUCCUCCUCCUCCCAUUCCUCCUCUUCCCAAUCCAACUCCCGCUCCAACAACCUCCAGACUCUCCGCCCUCUCCUUCCCCGCCCUGCCGCCGCGGCCUUCUCCUUCUCCUCCAUGGCUUCCUCUCUCCCUAUUAUGACAUCUCAUCAAUCCUCCUCCUCCAACUCCAACUCUUCUAAUUUUCUCCCUUAUGGGGUUUAUCCAUCUCCUGGAUUCACCCUAAUGUGUCCCAAUCUAGUGCAUCAAUACCCACCCCAACUUACCCAACACCCCCACGCUUUUUCCGCUCCCUCAAAUGAAAUUCCAUCCACUUCCACUGUUACUACCUCUAUUGCCACUCCAUCCCCACCUUCCACAACCUCGUACCACCAAAACCCUAAUCCCCUACUUGUUGCUUCCCCUCAAAUUAACCCCUCGCCAGUUGCACCACCACCGCUCGUUUCAGAUCUGGUUGUUGGGCCCAUUGGGCCUGGAUCUCCGGCGGUGGGCUGGCCGUUGGAGAACGAUGAAGAUUAUCUUCCUUCUCUUUGGGACUACGGUGAUCCUUUCUUCUUCGACUUGUGAGAUCACUAUUGUGGUUUUUGCGACAAUGGGUCUCCUUCAAACUCAUCCGGAAACAACGACAUCUCGUCGAUUUGAGCUUCAAUCUCGGCUUGCAUGUAACCACCACCGCCUUGAGACGGCGGCGAUGGCGAUGGCGAUUGUCUACUACUGGUUCGUAAUAUGAUAAAUUCAGAUUUUUAUUAUAUAC